UCCAUCGCUCUCCCUUCCGCCCAUCCCUCAUCCCGCAACUCUUACGCAUUCUGAUUCUCUUCAAACACACUCUUUACCUCCCUCAUACUCACUCUCAUUAUCCACCAUGGGCGCCUGCUUCGAGCAUGUCAAGGAGUGCUGGGCUCAGUCCAUCAAGGGCAAUCACGACGACAACGUCUUCGGCAACUCGGUCGAGGUCGUCUCGGCGCGCCCAGGUCGCGCCGAGCUCCGCAUGAAGGUGGAGGAGAGGCACCUCAACGGACAUGGAAACGUGCACGGCGGUGUCGUGAUGACUCUUGUGGACGACGUGACGUGGCUUGGCAUGCAGACCCUCGGCUUGCCCAAGGUCGGGAGCGUCAGCACCAACAUCUCGUGCGAGUUCGUGCGCCCAUCAGGUAGACUCGGUGACUACCUCCACAUGGUCUCGGAGCCAGUCAAGAUUGGCCGGAGACUCGCAUUCCUGCGCAUCACUUUCUACGACAAGAACGGCGAGGUGUGCGCGUAUGGCACGCAGACCGUGGCCGUCCUUGGCGACCCAACAUUUACGCACAAGUUCUCCGCAGACGGUUCUGUUCUCGUUCCAGUCCCUAAGGACGACAAGAAGAAGGGCGAGUUGCUGCCGUCCACUGAGGCGAAGGGCAAGCUUUAGACAUAUAUGUAGACGAACAAUUUGGACACCUUGGAGCUGGG